ACCUUAAAAUCUCUCGAGUUGUCGUUGUUGAAUUGAAGUUCUGUGUGUGGACCGCACAGUCUGUUCUUCAUCGACUCUUCAUUCGAAGGGAAUUUCUACCAUCUGGUCAGCAUUCGCAUGCGCGUCCUUUAGCUUUGCGCCCUCACUGCAAGAGCUUCGGUCAGCAUGCGGUUGUUUCUUCAGGCUGUGACAGCCCUUGUUCUAUCGGCGCUGGCUGUUCGAGCCAAUGAGGUUGUCCUUGACCAAGAUAUCGAGAACAGCCAAAGAUGCUCGGGCAUGUAUAGUCGGAAAGCAUGGGGAGGAGCCGUCGACCCCUUCAUUCUCACCAAAUUUGUGAAGACUGGACCUGAAGACGAGGGUGCGGAUCCUGUCGUUAGCUUCAUUGUCUUCGAAUGGAAGGACGAAGCAUUGAUUGGCAAGAAGGCCACGCAGGGCAGUGAUGAGUCUGGACUUGAAUUUGAGACAAAAGAAAUGCUCUGCACCGAAGAUAGCGUCAAACAAGGCUACUGCAAUGAAACACAGCUUGGGGAGUUUAUCCUCGAAGAAGGAGCCACAGAACAUUCGAUGAAUCCAAUCAUCACGCAAGCGGUGCACCUGAACGAUCCCCCAGCAAUCAACUACCCCAUCAAAAAUACCGGCUAUUACUGCGUGAGCACCUACCCCUAUUCUGCUGCCAAAUACAAGGCAAUUGUGGAGUUCCGCAAUGCCUAUGGCGAGCUUCCGGCGGCACAGAUUGCGAAGCUGCCAUUCUACGGCGGGCUGACCAUCGUGUAUGCCGUGAUUGGAAUCUUCUGGGCGUUCCUCUACGUUCAACACCGCCAUGACAUUCUUCCCGUGCAAAAUUAUAUCACUGCUAUUAUUGGUUUCUUAAUUGUUGAAAUGCUCAUCACAUGGGGCUUCUACGACUAUCGAAACCGCCAUGGCGGCAAUGUCGGUGCAAAAGUCAUGAUGGUCAUCGUAUCCAUUCUCAAUGCGUUCCGUAAUUCAUUUUCUUUCUUCCUCCUGCUCAUCGUCUGCAUGGGCUAUGGCGUUGUCAAACCCAGCUUAGGUAGAACCAUGACCCAUGUCCGUUGGCUGGCUAUUGGUCACUUCACUUUUGGCGUCAUUUAUGCUGUCGGCAGUUUGACUGUUCCUCCAGAGAACGCCGGGCCCCUCAUUUUACUCGUCGUCCUCCCACUGGCGGGCACCCUGACCGGAUUUUACGUCUGGACAUUGAACUCGCUCAAGGCGACCAUUGCCGAUCUUAUCGCACGGAAGCAGAACAUCAAAGCCCUGAUGUAUAAGAAGCUUUGGUGGGGGAUCCUUGCCAGCAUCCUCGUCAUCACCAUCUUCUUCUUCGUUUCCUCCUUUACCUUUGUCGGUCGUGGCGACCCAGACUUUGUCCCCGACCAUUGGCAGACGCGUUGGUUCAUCCUCGACGGCUGGCUGAACCUAGUCUAUCUGUUUGAUAUUGCCUUUGUCGCCUACCUCUGGCGACCUACCGCGAACAACCGGCGCUUUGCCAUGAGUGAUGAGAUUGCUCAAGACGACGAUGGCUUCGAAAUUGCCUCUAUUGGUGGCUCCUUGGACGAGGAAGCCGGCGGCCACACUCCCCUCAGCAACCCUACUCCCCCAGGCGAAAGCACAGAGACUUCUCCGCCAGCAUACCAUGAGCGUGAGCCGACAUACGAGUCUGGCGCCUCCGUAUCCGCAAAGGAGCAUUCUCAGGCGCAGGCCUCGCGAGACUCAUUUGACGGAGAGACGAUAUUCGCGGUGGGUGAAGACGCGGACAGGUGGUCUGACGAGGACGAGUCACCGCGGGAUUCAAGCGAGCGGAAGCGUUUAACAGGAAAGAAUGAUUGAGCGAUCUAGAAAAGAAUCGCAAAAGUUUGCUACAAUUUGUCGUAUCUGUAUCACAGUCCCAAUUCAUUUUCAAGUUUUUGUCUCGUCCUGCAUGUUGGACGGAAAGUGCUAUCCCCCAGGUUUCCAUUCCAGCUGCGAUUCUGUACCUCUUUUUCGUCCAUUUCCAUUUUUCUUAUCAUCUCCUGAAAUGUGCCUUUUUACUUUUGCUAACCCCAGACCGUCACGCCCGAAUUGUAUGAGUCUGUACGGUGUUGUGUGACACUUUUUUUUUCUUUGAUAUUUUCGAACUUUUAAACGUUCUCUUCUUUCUCAUGUUUCCUUUUGGUAGACGAUGUUGCAUCAUCUUGGAGCAAACUGGAAAUGGGAUUUGAUAGUAUUUUUAAAUAUCUGGAUGAAAGAAUAUUUAAUUCAAAGAAAUGAGUAAUACGUAUCAUGCUCUUAGUUCCGCGCAUGCAUCUUAUCGUCAUUUCAUCUAUCUACG